AGCGCGAGCGAGCGACGAGAGGGGAAGAGAUGGCGCCCAAAGGCGGCGGCGGCAGCAAACAGCAAUCCGAGGAGGACCUACUGCUCCAGGACUUCAGCAGGAACGUGUCGGCCAAGUCCUCGGCGCUCUUCUACGGGAACGCCUUCAUCGUGUCGGCCAUUCCGAUCUGGCUGUACUGGAGGAUUUGGCACAUGGAUCUUGUCCAGUCUGCUGUUCUGUAUUGUGUGAUGACUCUCGUCAGUACCUACCUUGUAGCAUUUGCUUACAAAAAUGUCAAGUUUGUCCUGAAACACAAGGUAGCCCAGAAAAGGGAAGAUGCUGUUUCCAAGGAGGUCACUCGGAAACUGUCAGAGGCUGAUAACAGGAAAAUGUCUCGAAAGGAAAAGGAUGAACGAAUUCUCUGGAAGAAAAACGAAGUGGCGGACUACGAAGCCACGACCUUCUCCAUCUUUUACAACAACACGUUGUUUCUGGUUUUGGUGAUCGUAGCUUCAUUCUUUUUGCUGAAGAAUUUCAACCCAACUGUAAACUACAUCCUGUCCAUCUGUGCUUCAUCUGGGCUGAUUGCUCUCCUGUCUACAGGCUCGAAGUAACUGCCUCACUUUGUGAGCUGGCGGAGAGGGUAAAACAGCUGUCUUUUCAGGAUGAAAGCUUUUUUUUUUAAAAAGUAAAAUUGAGAUCAUCCAAAACCAUAGAAUUGUGAAACUAACUGAGGAUGAAUACAGUUUUGUGAACUUACUUUUUUUUAAAAAAAACAUACCUACAUUCCACCAGUUGUGGCUGUACAGUCCUGUAAUAAAAUGUUUUUGGAUCU